AUUAAAUUGUUUUAUACGCUCCCUGUGGUACUGUACAUGAGUGGGACUGGGGAGGGAGGAGCGAUCGUAGUAUUUCUCUUCAUUUCAAAUCCCUGUCGUGGCAGCACGGGCAAGGCAGAGGACUUUUCUCCCCUUCAAACUAAGGGGAAAACCCACCACCAAGAGCCUACGGCACGUCCGAAAGAGCAAACGGAGGACUUUGGGAGGAGGAAACAUUAGUUUGAAGGCACGCUGCGGAGGUAUCGGCUCACUGUGUGCACUAGUGUCUCCACACUUGCACUGGAUACACGAAGCAGGACGUUUUCACUUAUCUGCGACUCGCAGGAACCCCGCAAUCUUCUUGAAACCCGCCAAACAUUCACCCGGACGACGGUCUACAGUUCCAGCGAACCCAGGCCUGGGGAAAUAAUUAACCAGAAACAAAGCACAACAGGACACUGACCUCAUCACAUAUUGCUGCAUUAUCACUGGGCGUUUGGGUUGGAGAGUGAGGCGGGCUUGGUUUGCGAGCGUCGCUCCACAAAGCUGUCCGAUGACUGUCUGACUCAUCACAACCCGCGAAUGACAGGCGUGCAUUCGAGGGUGGGGCCCGCCUCAGUCUCACAUGAUUGGCCGCUGGAUGGAAAUAAGGUGAAUGGAACACAUGCCCAAGGAGCAAGACCCAAACCAAUCAGAGGGAGAAGAGAAACGGUGGCUCGAUGGCCCGAAAAGGAAGAGAAAGAACAGCCAGUGUUCGGUGAAGAGCAUGUCUGGGUACAUCCCCAGCUAUCUGGAGAAGGAUGAGCCAUGUGUGGUGUGUGGAGACAAAGCUACAGGCUACCACUACCGCUGCAUCACCUGUGAGGGCUGUAAGGGAUUCUUCAGGCGCACCAUUCAGAAGAACCUCCACCCCUCUUACUCCUGUAAAUACGAUGGCUGCUGCAUCAUCGACAAGAUCACCCGCAACCAGUGUCAGCUCUGCCGCUUCAAGAAAUGCAUCGCCGUGGGCAUGGCCAUGGAUCUGGUUCUGGACGACUCCAAGCGGGUCGCGAAACGGCGCUUGAUUGAGGAGAACCGUGAGAAGCGGAAAAAGGAGGAGAUGGUCAAGUCCCUGCAGAAUCGUCCAGAACCCACCAGCUCAGAAUGGGAGCUGAUCCGUAUGGUGACAGAAGCUCACCGCCACACCAAUGCACAGGGCUCUCACUGGAAACAGAAACGCAAGUUCCUGCCGGAGGACAUCGGACAGUCUCCGGUGGCCCCUACAUCAGACGGUGACAAAGUGGAUUUGGAGGCCUUCAGCGAGUUUACCAAGAUCAUCACCCCAGCCAUCACACGUGUUGUUGACUUUGCCAAAAAACUGCCCAUGUUUUCGGAGCUGCCUUGUGAGGAUCAGAUCAUCCUGCUGAAGGGCUGCUGUAUGGAGAUUAUGUCCCUACGAGCUGCAGUUCGAUAUGACCCAGAAAGCGAGACCUUGACCCUGAGCGGGGAGAUGGCUGUCAAACGAGAGCAGCUUAAGAAUGGAGGGCUGGGCGUUGUGUCUGACGCCAUCUUCGACUUGGGCAAGAGUCUGGCUCAGUUCAACCUGGAUGACACAGAGGUGGCCCUGCUGCAGGCCGUGCUGCUUAUGAGCUCAGAUCGCACAGGCCUGACAUGUGUGGAGAAGAUCGAGAAGUGUCAGGAGAUGUACCUCCUAGCGUUCGAACACUACAUCAACUAUCGCAAGCACAACAUUCCCCAUUUCUGGCCCAAGCUGCUGAUGAAGGUGACGGACCUGCGCAUGAUCGGAGCCUGCCACGCCAGCCGCUUUCUGCACAUGAAGGUGGAAUGCCCCACUGAACUCUUCCCCCCACUUUUCCUGGAGGUCUUCGAGGAUCAGGACGUGUGACGUCCCUGUGAGCCGCGGCAGGAGAAUCAGGAACGUUUCGUAACCCGUGCUUCUCUCCCCGUCUCACCCCCCUCCAUGCACCAAACUCACCAGCAGCAGCUGCAUUGGCAGGGGUCAUCUUCAGAAAGGCUUUCAUAUGGGGGUUUAAGUUGACAACUUUUUGUUUUUUUGGCUUUUCGCGGAAAACUCAGCCCUCCCUCAUCCACUAAACUCCCCAUGCGUGGCCCUUCUGUCUCGGCAUGAUGUCUUAUACUGGUUUAUCAACACCUUAGACACAUAAUUUACACACAUACACACACUCUUAUAAGUGUGCUUACAGGUGCAGUACUUAUACGACUCGAAUCCUCCAAUGAGCUUGUAUGCAUUUGUACACGUAGAGACUGCACUACUGUCAUGCCACCACUGGAGGUGCCCUCUUGCUAAGACUGGAUGGCAGCUGGCAUGUAGAUUUCUCCGCCAGGUCGUGAAGUGGUCAGUUAAUUUCAGUCAUCUAAAUCUCAGCAUUUUUGUGAGAUUAACCGCCGGUAUCUUCUGUUCACAUGCCGUAGUUACGCCAAGCUCCACGCUAAUGUGGAGCUUCUCUAAUAGACCUCAUGAUUCUCUUCGAUAUUGAGCCUAUGUAUGGAGCCGGAGGACAUUUUUGAACCAAAUCAGGUGCUAUAUUUAAAUAAAGCUACUCAAAAUGAUUUGGGACCUUGCAAGAAUAUGCCCCCUCCCUUCUCUGUAGGACAUGGACCGUUCAAAUGCUCUCGGUCGCCAUUUUUCAGGGGUGCCGCUCACCGACUUUUCAAGAACGGUUCGUUCUUGCCAUUUGAGGGGCUUAUUUGAGGGCUCCGCAUGCCUCUCUUUGUCCCAUGAAAGUCACAGAGAUGGAAAUCCAGGCGCCCCUACACCUCCGAUCCGCGCUUAUUUUGUGUUUUACAGGUGUCGGGAGGGAGACAGUAUUACCAUACUCCCAGACCCAGCUCACACACACAAACGUACUAAAACACACACCUCAAAACUCGAAUGCCUCAUUUUACUGUAUGCACUGCAGUGCUGUAGUUCUGGACUCCCAUGCAGGGCUUUGAGAGUUCAGUCCAGCCCAUCUGUGUUCCGCUCAGAUGCUACUGUUGCCCGGUCUGUGCGAACACACGCGCACACUCCUGACGGCCCAUGGCGGACUGGCUGUUGUCGAUGUUUUUUCCUUGUGUUGUUUUAAUUUUACCUCAAAUGUGGGCACACCUCCAGCUGGCUGUGGCUCCAUGACUGCCUCUGUGCUGACAGGUUCUACCUCACCUCUGGACACAGGGCAGCUACCCUCAGCACACACACACACACACACACACACACACACACUCGUACUCACACACUGACAGCCAGGAAAUAAACACUCAAAAACACAGUUUCUUCUCAGUUAUGUUGAAAUACCACUGUAGACAGGAGGGCCUGCCAUUCCUCAUCGUAGCCUGUCAGAUUUCUCUGAGGUCUCUUCUCUCUGGGCUGAGAGGAAAAAAAAAAAAAAACAAUUCCGGAUGGGCUUUUUUUUUUUGUUUCUUGUUUUUUUUUUUUUUUUUUUUCAUGCGGGACCAAGUGUCACUUUGAUUUCCGUCAAAACGGAAGCUAGUUUUCAGCAGACGGCGAACUAAACCGUACAUGCCGCUGACUACAAAGAGGAGCCAUGGAGAGAACUAUAGAUGAAGGACCCGAGGUGGCCGGCUUGAACCAAAUGGGUCUAUCGCUGUUUCCUUUUCAAUACCAAGCAGUAAUUUGUAAAGUGGAGCGAGGGGUCGGCUGCUUUCUUCAGUGUAGGGCAGGGGACGCGGGGAAACUAGCAAUUGAAUGAGAGCACUUAGCUUUGAAAGAGCCAAAUCUUCAGAGACGAUUCAACCCCUGGCACCUUUUAAGUUUUUGCACUAAGGCAUGAUGGGUCCCGCUCCUCCAGAUCAGUUGCAUGUUUUCUGAGGACACGCCCCCAACCUCUCUGUCAAACAGAGGCCACACCUCCAUGUGCUCCUGAGCACACCCUCAGAGUCAGUAUUAAGUCUAGCAAUGUCCGGGUCUCGUUCUUUCUCAGUAACGAUUGACGGAGCACAUACACGUUCACGAACAGACCGUUGUCCCCGCCCUCUCAAAGCCAGAAGUGGCACGAGACGAACACCCAACAGAAACGGGCCUUUCCUUUGUGAGACAAAGGAGUGGCUGAAGUCAUGCAAAGAAUGGCAGAACCGAAUGAAUGUGAACGGGGAGCAGCAGAAUGAAAGAGCCAAAGCGAGGAGUUGCUCUUUAAGAAGGUUUGCGAAGGAAGGCAGCCAAUCAGAACGAGAGGAACUGUCAGCAUUCCGUAAAGGGCCGGUAUGGAGUUCCAUCUUGGAAUACGAGUGACGCCGCAGCGGUUCUGAUUGGUUGGUUGAGUGAACGCAGGGGUUUGAUGCUGCUUUACCUUCUAAUUUUAUUUGAGAAAGAAAGAAAAAGAAAAAAAUAUAUAAUAAAAGAAAUACAAACCCAGAAAACAAAUAAAAAGAUGACUCCAGAACAAAGAGUUCAAAUCUCGGAGCUUGAGCUGUUCUUUUCUUUCUUUUUGUUUUGAACUGAAAUGUGUGUGUUCGUUUUCGAUUCUUAACUGCUUUAUGUAAGAGAGAAAAACAACAGCCGUAGUCACUUUUUGACCAUGCGUGCAGUGUAAACUAGAGAAUUUCACCUCUUUUUUCACCUCACUAUAGUUUGUAAUGAUAAGUGACUGCUCUGUUUGUCUGUGUAUCUGUCCUUCGUCUUUUUAUCAAGAGGAAUUUACAAGAAACAGGAAUAUUUUCUUUUUAUAUUUUGUUUUCUUUUUUUUUAUGAAAGAAGACUUAGGAAAAAACAUGAGAAAUAAUGCAACAGAAACUGAAAAAAAAAAAAAAAAAAAAAAAACUGAAACACAAUCUACUCAUACCUCACACAACACAAAGCUUAAAUGAACUUGGGAGGAGAGCUUAUCUGCGUGGCACUUGUGUCAAAGUGCGUCCAGUGCACGUGUUGAACUGUACGAUGGGGUGUAUGUGCGCUUGAGCGUUCAUGUGAUCGCGGAAGCACACGGCCCCCUCCUUCGGCCUCGAAAGCCCAUCUGCUUCAGAUUUGUACCAGUUGCACGCAUUCGCCCAUGUCCGCGAAUGCCGUCACCUGCGCUGAUGCGACGGGCCGUAAUGGGAGCGGAUGGGAUGCGGUGUGGCUGAAAGGCUGGAAAGGGAGACGUGUGCAUCUGUGACAACAGAGAGUGCUUCAUGGUAUUGAAUGUAGCUGACAGGACUGGGCUGGAACCGAGCCCGGGAACUAGAACCUCACUUCAGGUCACCAGCAAGAGUGGACAGUGCUGUCAAAACGAUGUUACACAAACAGCUUACUGAGCGUAUAUUGCCCGACUUCAAGGUGCAAUACUUGUGUUUUGUUUUGUUUCAUUUUUCUUUUUUGUACUUUUACAAGUUGUUUGGCCAUAACCAAGGAUGUAAAUACAAAACGAAAAGAUAUCGAAAGAUUAAAUCACUAUGUGUUAACCAUA